CCACGCAUUUCAAGGCCAGCACCCACCAUGCUUUGAACACCGCACUUCCACCACAACACCACCACCCACCACCGCCAUGGGGCUCCUCCAGGACGUCGCCGUCGCCUUCGACAACCACUUUGGCCAAACAGCGACAUGGAAACUCGUGCUGCUGGCCUCCACCACCUUCUUCCUCCUGUCCGUCGUCGUCAACGUCCUUCGACAGGUCCUCUUCCGCCAGCCCAAGAAUGAACCGCCGCUCGUCUUCCACUUCGUACCCAUCAUCGGCAGCACCAUCUCCUACGGCAUCGACCCGUACAAGUUCUUCUUCUCCUGCCGCGAAAAAUAUGGCGACGUCUUCACCUUCAUUCUGCUCGGCAAGAAGACGACCGUAUGCCUGGGCACCAAGGGCAACGACUUCAUCCUGAACGGCAAACUGCGCGAUGUCAAUGCCGAGGAGAUCUACAGCCCUCUCACCACGCCCGUGUUUGGCAAGGACGUCGUCUACGACUGCCCCAACUCCAAAUUGAUGGAGCAGAAGAAGUUUGUCAAGUUCGGCUUGACCAGCGCUGCUCUGCAGUCCUAUGUCACAUUGAUCACCGAAGAAACGCGCCAAUUCUUCUCUAAGAACAACCCACAUAAGCGAUUCGCUUCGACCAGCGGCACUCUCGACCUCCCGCCUGCUUUCGCCGAGCUCACCAUUUACACUGCUAGCCGAUCGCUGCAAGGCAAGGAAGUCCGCAGCAAAUUCGACUCGACAUUCGCCGAACUGUAUCACUACCUCGAUAUGGGUUUCACCCCGAUCAACUUUAUGUUGCCUUGGGCGCCGCUACCACAAAACAGGAGACGCGAUUAUGCUCAGAAAAAGAUGACCGAAACAUACAUGUCCAUCAUCAAGCAGCGACGCGAGGCUGGCGACAAGACUUCAGAGAACGGAGAGGAGGAUAUGAUCAAAAAUUUGAUGUCAUGCACCUACAAAGAUGGCACGCCUAUCCCCGAUCGAGAGGUGGCACACAUGAUGAUUGCUCUGCUCAUGGCUGGACAACAUUCGUCUUCUUCCACAUCUUCUUGGAUCUUCCUGCGCCUUGCCACGCGACGAGACAUUCAAGAUGAGCUUGUGCAGGAACAGAAGGAUGUGCUUGGAGUGAAUGAGGAUGGCAGCAUCAAGGAGCUCACAUACGAGAACCUCUCCAAGCUCACUCUGCUCAGCCAAGUUGUCAAGGAGACUCUGCGCAUCCACGCACCGAUCCACUCCAUUCUUCGCAAAGUCAAAUCUCCCAUGCCUGUAGAAGGUACACCUUAUGUCAUCCCGACCACGCACUCCCUUCUCGCAGCACCAGGCGCCACAAGUCGAAUGGACGAGCACUUCCCCGAACCACUUCUGUGGGAGCCUCACCGAUGGGACGAGUCGCCGGAUGAGAAGUACGCCCACCUGGUUCCCAGCAUGGUCAAGGAAGCUGUUGCAGAGGAAAAAGAAGAUUACGGCUACGGUCUGGUCAGCAAAGGAGCUGCUUCGCCGUACCUACCAUUUGGUGCUGGGCGUCACCGAUGUAUCGGCGAGCAGUUCGCGUAUGUGCAACUGCAAACCAUUACGGCCACUGUACUUCGGGAUUUCAAGUUCUACAACCCGGAUGGAAGCAAGAAGGUCGUUGAUACCGAUUACAGCAGUCUUUUCUCGAGACCUUUGAGCCCCGCUGUUGUGAAGUGGGAGAGGCGGGAAAAGAAGUAAAUCGUGUCAGAAGAACAGUUUAAUGUCUUGUACGUCUUGAAACAGAAAGCAUCCAGUAUUGAAGCAUUCGCAUCAGUUUUGUCGUUACGAGUACAGUCUCCUUU